GUCAGACGUAGGAUGCUGCACAAGGUUCCUGGAUGCUGGUGCACUUGGCUAAAGUAGCCAUCAUGUUUGGCCGGAGGAGUUCAGGUGGAAGUUAUGAGAAGAUGCGGAGCGAGUAUUACUUGGACGUGGAAAACCCUUUCUGUGCUCAGGUGACCAAGCAGAUCCACGAGCAUGAGCAGGAGAGCGAGCUGCGGGAGCAGAUGUCGGGCUACAAGCGCAUGCGGCGGCAGCACCAGAAGCAGCUGAUAGCCCUGGAGAACAAGCUGAAGGCCGAGAUGGACGAGCACCGGCUCAAGCUGCAGAAGGAGGUGGAGACGCAGGCCAACAACGCCUACAUCGAGCUGGAGAAGCUGGCGAAGCGCCACGCCGUGCAGAGCGAGAAGGAGAUGAAGACGGCGUUGGCGGAUGAGAAGAAGUUCCAGCAGCAGAUCGCGGCGCAGCAGAAGAAGGAGCUGACCACUUUCUUGGAUAAUCAAAAGAAGCAGUACAAACUCUGCAAGGAGAAGAUAAAGGAGGAGAUGAACGAAGACCACAGCACACCGAAGAAGGAGAAGCAGGAGCGUCUGUCCAAGCACAAGGAGAACAUGCAGCAUUCCCAGGCCGAGGAGGAGGCUCACCUCCUGGCCCAGCAGAGGGUUUUCUACGACAGGAACUGCCGCGCCUUCAAACGCAAAGUCAUGAUCAAGAGGCACGACGUGGAGCAGGAGCAGAUCCGAGAGGAGCUGAACAAGAAGAAGACCCAGAAGGAGAUGGAGCACGCCAUGUUGAUCCGUCACGACGAGUCUACGCAGGAACUGGAGCAGAGGCAGCUGAAGACCCUGCAGAAGCUGCGCAUGGACCUGAUCCGCCUGCAGCACCAGACGGAGCUGGAGAACCAGAUCGAGUACAACAACCGACGCGAGCGGGAACUCCACCGCAAGCACGUGCUGGAGCUCCGGCAGCAGCCCAAGAACCUCAAAGCUCUGGAGCUGCAGAUCAAGAAGCAGUUCCAGGACACGUGUAAGGUGCAGACCAAGCAGUACAAGGCGCUGCGCCACCACCAGAUGGAGGUCACGCCCAAGGCCGACCACAAGACGGUGCUGAAGGCCCUGAAGGAGGAGCAGACGCGCAAGCUGGCCAUCCUGGCCGAGCAGUACGAGCAGAGCAUCAACGAGAUGAUGGCCUCGCAGGCGCUGCGUCUGGACGAGGCCCAGGAAGCCGAGUGCCAGGCCCUGAGGCAGCAGCUGCAGCAGGAGAUGGAGCUGCUCAAUGCCUACCAGAGCAAGAUCAAGAUGCAGACCGAGGCGCAGCACGAGCGUGAGCAGCAGAAGCUGGAGCAGAAGGUGUCGCUGCGCCGGGCUCACCUGGAGCAAAAGAUUGAAGAGGAGCUGGUUUCCCUUCAGAAGGAGCGAACCGACCGGAUCAAGCACCUGCUGGAGCGCCAGGAGCGGGAGAUCGACAGCUUCGACAUGGAGAGCAUGCGACUGGGCUUCUGCAACCUGGGCACCCUGGACUUUCCCAAGGACGACUACAGAUGAGGGGCUGCUGCUGCUGUCGUCUCUCCUCGUCACCCCCGGGCGUCCGUCUGCCUCUCCUCUCCUACAACCUGACCUGACUGUGCAGGUGUUCACUGCUGCUGACGUCCUCACACACACACACACACACACACACACACACACACACACACAAACACACAACAACAAAAUAACGGCUCCAGGAAUCAGCUCCUGUGUGUGUCCAGGGGCCAGUCGAUGGCCCCCACCUUAACUCCCGCCCCCCACCCACCUCGUCUCUCGUCGUGUCACAAGAUGACAAAAAAAAAAAAAAAUGCUGGAUAACGUCCUGUAGUUGUCAUGAUUUUGUACGAACAACGAUAACGUAGUCACAGUGUUUCUUGUUUCUUGUGCAAUGUGGAAGACGAGAGAAGGAGGGAGAGAAAAAACGAGGACGAAAGAAACGGCUCCACAAACAUCCGAUUUUAGAGGCAAUCGAUUUUUUGUCGUGCGUUUUGUCUUUUUGGUCUCGAGCGGUGCAAAAACAAAAACCUGUCAAAGCGAUGAAUCAAACUUCCACAGCCGUUCUCCUGCACUGCUUCUUUCAACACUUUUUCUAUUCUCUACUCAUCAGGACGUUUUUAUGACAAAUUUGAAUAAUUUGAUACGAAUAUCACAAAGUUGAUAAGUACACUUCUAAUGAUAAUAAUACUUAAUGUGACUCCUGCGGUCGAUUUGAUUACUGAGGGUGAAUCAUGGUACUCUGUGUUUGUACUGAUUUCUCUGCACUGGCAGCCAAUGUGAAUAAUAAUAAUGAUAUUAAUAAUAAACUGUCACAUGAGCUCCAGCUCCCAGAUAGCACAAAGGGCUUCAUUGUGGGGGGGGUGGACUUGUACUUUGUGUAUAGAAGGAUUUAUGGAGAGCUUUUACUUAUUUUCGUAUUGUAUUUUAACUGUCACUCAUAUCAAAAAAAUAAUUUUAAAAAACGCUUUUUUCCUCCCCCCUCCUCAGAUAGUAUUUGAAAUUCAUUCUAUCAAUGGGAUUUUUUUUAUUUCCUGGCUUAUCGAGCUGUUUUUUUUGUUUUUUUUUUCUUCUCAACCGGACCAGUAUGACGCUUUAUUGUUGCAUGCACUUUAAUUUUUUUUUUCCAGGUUAAAAGAAAGCAUGAAUCUGUCAGAGCUUUUAAUUAUAUUUGUAAAUAAAGUG